UGGUGAAAGUAUUUAAUAUCAAGCUGUACAUGAUCACACUAGCUCAUCCAUUUGUUCGUCAAUAUUUGCAAUGCGAUGCAUUGUAUAUGGCCAAAUGCAGUUGUGCAAACAGAAACUUGAGCGCUAUCAAUAUAUGACAACAAGCAGUGAAAAACACGAGACUCGUUUUGAGGCCAAGAAAACUUUUUCGCUGUAUAAGAAAAACUAAUGAAAAAUGCGGCGCAGAGGAAAAAGUUGAUUGGUGUCGUCCUCCCAUUCUCCCAAACGUUCCCACAAAUAUCCACCACCAAUGCUGCCCCAAAACUUGGCCAUGUUUCAAUUGAAAGAGCCAAACAAAACCAAUGAAAAGUCCAUAACGAACGGCGGGCGGAAAAUGCGGAAAAUAGGGAGGGGAGGUGCCAAAGCGAAGCAAUUGAAAAACAGCUUCCGUCGGUGUUGCAAAUUGUCAAUUUCGUGGUCCGUUCUUUACACAUCACAAUUGCUAUGUAAAAUGCAGUGAAUGUUGGUAGCCAAUCGCAAAUAGAUUCUGUCGCCAACUUCUAAAAAAUUUCAAUUAAAUAAAGUUAAUUAAUAUUAGUCAUUAUUAAAUUUCCACAAAAAUAUGGUUACUUUCCUGCGGCUAAACCGCCCUCAUCAUUCCAUCCCCACCCCCAGCAAAAGCAAAAACAAGGCAAACAACUUCAAUAUGCAAAUGAGCCACGUGCAAGCCGAUUUGAAGAUGGCCAACGACAAGUGCAGUGGCCAACACGUUAGACUUGCAGUUCGAGUUGCAGUUGCCAGCCGGCUUAAGAGUCGCGAACGAGCUUGUUCGAUGUUGCAACAGUGAUGACCAGCGGAGCCCAUUAAAAGCUAAAGAAAGUUAGUGCAACUAAAGGCUAGUAUAUCAUAUAAUAUGUAUAUGUAUAUAUGUAUGUAUGUAUAUAUAAAAAUAAUAAUAUAUAUACCAUAUAAUAAUAAUAUUAACCAAUUUAACUAGAAGCCCACAUUAAACACAUCCGAGACAUUCUGAAUAUAUGCAUUUAUAAAUUUAUAAAGGUUAGUAGUAGUAUUAGUUAGUUUUUAGUUUAGUUAACCUCGCUUCGUAUUUUUGUUUUCUUUUUUUGGUUUGUUUGAAUUUAAACAGAUUUCUCAGCCAUUCCAUGGAUGAAAAGCGAGGACCUUCUGGGAAACUCUUAUCCCGUCUUUUGCGACAUGACAGUCUCCGUCAGUCUCCUCCCCCGCGCCUAAUAACCCAUGAGGGUGGACCGCUCUUGCAAUCCCAUUUCAAAUUCCAUAUCCAUUCCAUUUGGCGUAUACGGGCUCAUUUGUCAUUCACAGGCUGAGAACAACAAUGUCUGGGGCAACAACAAAGAGUCUUGCUGUGUGUCUCUGUGUGUGUGUCUGUGCUGGGCUUAUCAGCGAGUGUUUAUCAGAAGGAGCGAAGUGACCCACACAACAACCCCCCCACCCACUUGCAACUCGAACAUCGAACCUGGGGCUGCGAACAUGUUGCGAGCCACUGUUGCCGGCUAAAACUCCAAUGGGAAAUACUCAGUCGAUUUUUGACCGUCAAAUCAGCAGGUUGCGGUCGGUCCGUAAGUGCGAGUGGGAGAGCGCGCGUGCUAAGGUGAAUUGUGAAUCCGUUGCAUUUCUCUUCCUCUUCCACUCCUCACACCUACGCAGAGGUGUGUGCGUGUGCGUGUCUGUCUGGCUGUGUGUGUGAAAUAAUGAAAUAACGAAAUAACAACAACAGCAACACAAAUCACAGUCAGCUGUGAAGUUUCUUUGAAUGUGUGAAAUCAUAUAUGCAAAUGGCAAAAAUAAGCAGAAAUUACAAAUUAAUAGUGUGAAAAAUUCAUACACAAAUUAAAGCAUGCUAAUCGAAAUAGCUCAAAAAGCAACUGAGUAAAAAUCAAAGCAUACAAAAAAAAAACAGCCGCAGGGUAUAAUUUUUUGUGAAACUUGCCAACUGAAUUGAAAUUGGAACUUGGGAAUUUUUGACAGCAGAAUCAAGGAGCAAAGCGGAGAGCGAAAGGCGGCUCUUGUGGUCACGCUUGCAAAAAAGAUCAGGAAGCGGGAAAGGAAACUCAUGCAAAGGCUCUUUCCAAGGAUUCGUACGUUCUGAUAGUUAUUCGUUUACACAUAUCCAGGCGCUUCGGACCGUUUAACUGCAGAGACUGCUAGAAAACAUAGACGUAAUCUUCCAAGAGGACAACGCAUAUCAGGAGGAGGCAAAACCCGUAACAAACGAUUGCAAGCGAGAAAAACAUAUCCUGCAUCAUAAAUCAUUGCCAGGCUUUGAUUAAUGUUGCGUAUACGCAAUGUUGUCGGCCAACGACUUGUACUCUAACUAAGUGAAAGCUCAAAUCGCUCAAAAAGGAAAGAUAUUCAGAACCGGCUUCCAUUAGCACCUUCUGGGUUACAAUCAACAUCUCCAUCAGCAGCACCGGUUGAGACCACAAAUCCAGAAACCAAAGAUGGCCUUCAUCUGGCGGCGACGUUCGACGACGAUUGUGAAGCUGGUGGCCUUCGCCCUGGCCAUUUGGUUUUGCAUUGCCUUCCUGGUAUACACGGAUGACACCCGGCGUAGAGCCGCCCAGGAGGGGGCUGGUGCCAGUGGGGCAGGCAGUGCUCCCGGAGUGGGCGGCGGAGCCGGAGGACUGGGUGAUCCCAUUGCCUUGGCUCUGAGAAACGAGCCUGCUGGCGAGGACUUUGGCAUCAAUGGGAAUGUCAUCGGCGGAGGAGGACAGAAGCAGGCGCACGAUGAGGCCGACAUCCCACCCACUGUGGGAAAACAUAAGGCUGACCUACAGGCGGAAAGGAUGCGGAAGAAGGCGGCCGAGCAGCCAAAGAAAAAGCCACAAGAAGAUAGCAAAAAAGUGAUUGAUCCGCCGGCGAACUUUGAGGAGAAUCCUGGCGAGCUGGGAAAACCCGUGCGCCUGCCCAAGGAAAUGUCCGACGAAAUGAAGAAGGCCGUUGACGAUGGCUGGACCAAAAACGCCUUCAAUCAAUAUGUAUCGGAUCUCAUAUCCGUUCAUCGAACUCUGCCCGAUCCUCGAGAUGCCUGGUGCAAGGACGAGGCGCGCUAUCUAACCAAUCUGCCAAAGACCGAUGUCAUCAUCUGCUUCCACAACGAAGCCUGGACCGUGCUGUUGAGAACAGUUCACUCAGUGCUGGACAGGUCGCCGGAACAUCUAAUAGGGAAGAUAAUCCUCGUCGAUGACUACAGCGAUAUGCCUCAUUUGAAGAGGCAGCUGGAGGACUACUUUGCUGCCUAUCCCAAAGUCCAGAUAAUUCGUGGCCAAAAGCGAGAGGGUCUGAUCCGAGCCCGAAUUUUGGGUGCCAACCAUGCCAAGUCCCCUGUUCUCACCUAUUUGGAUUCCCACUGCGAGUGCACCGAAGGAUGGCUUGAACCACUUUUGGACCGAAUUGCACGUAAUUCCACCACUGUCGUGUGUCCCGUUAUUGAUGUCAUUAGCGAUGAGACCCUGGAGUACCACUAUCGCGAUUCGGGCGGAGUUAAUGUCGGAGGAUUCGAUUGGAAUCUUCAGUUCAGCUGGCAUCCGGUUCCCGAACGUGAAAGGAAGCGCCACAAUAGCACCGCCGAACCCGUCUACUCACCCACAAUGGCCGGCGGACUUUUCUCCAUCGACAGAGAGUUCUUCGAUCGACUGGGCACCUAUGACUCUGGAUUUGAUAUUUGGGGCGGUGAGAAUCUGGAGCUAUCCUUCAAGACCUGGAUGUGCGGCGGCACCCUGGAGAUAGUUCCCUGCUCUCACGUGGGACACAUAUUCCGGAAACGUUCGCCCUACAAGUGGCGUUCUGGCGUGAAUGUGCUGAAGAAGAACUCCGUGCGGUUGGCCGAGGUUUGGAUGGAUGAGUACUCGCAGUACUACUAUCAUCGCAUCGGCAACGACAAGGGCGACUGGGGCGAUGUUAGCGAUCGCAGGAAGCUCCGUAACGAUCUCAAGUGCAAAAGCUUCAAAUGGUAUCUGGACAACAUUUAUCCCGAGCUCUUCAUUCCCGGCGAUUCUGUGGCCCACGGAGAGAUAAGAAAUCUAGGUUAUGGCGGUCGCACCUGCUUGGACGCACCGGCUGGCAAGAAGCACCAGAAGAAGGCGGUGGGCACGUAUCCCUGCCAUCGGCAGGGUGGAAACCAGUACUGGAUGCUCAGCAAGGCGGGCGAAAUCCGUCGCGACGACUCCUGUCUCGAUUAUGCCGGCAAGGAUGUGACGCUUUUCGGCUGCCACGGGGGCAAAGGAAAUCAGUUCUGGACGUACCGCGAGAACACAAAGCAGCUGCACCACGGCACCUCCGGCAAGUGUCUGGCCAUCAGCGAGAGCAAGGACAAGCUGCUGAUGGAGGAGUGCAGCGCGAGCCUCAGUCGCCAACAGUGGACCCUCGAGAACUACGACAGCUCGAAGUUGUGAGGCUACUUCUAUGCGAGGGGCAACCUCCUGUUGCCCACUUCGCGGCGACACCAACAAUCACAAGCAUAGCAGCAGGACGAGAAGUGGAAGCAGAGGCAGGACAUAAAGUGGCGGCAGGAGCUGGAGUAGUUAGAUUCCCCCGAGGCAUGUGCAAUAGUGGGAGUGGCAGAGGGACGAUCGGAUGGCAGCAGCAGCAGCAGCAGCAUCACUUGCCAUGCUAUCUAUAUAUAUUAUAAAAAAUUUAUAUGUUUCCAAACAACAGAGUAGACGUUACUUAGCCCUAAGUACCACACAUCCACAGACUAGACAAACCAGACACUGAAAAAGGAACGACUGCUGUACAGUAGCUAUAAGUUGAUAAGAUUUCUAGCCCUAAGUCGCAGCACUUAGGAUUAGGCUAAUGGAGCCCGGCCAAGGACCAGUGCUGGCCAACAAAGCGAAGUCGUAGCGCAAUUUUUGCAUUUAAAUUUGUAAACAUUUAGCACAAUUUACGGAAAGUGUGAACCUUGACUCUGUGUACGAAUUAUUUAUGAAUUUUACAAAUGUCAUUAAAUGGCUCUGCGAAAGCCUCAUUCCAAAUAUAUGUUUUAGCUGGUAAGCCCUAGACUAAGUCUAAGUUGGAAAGCAUUUGGUGAUAGCCUUUGUUUCGCCCAAGACCCCGAGCAUUCCCGAGUUUAUAUGAAUUCUUAUAGCUAUCUUUCUGUAAAUCCCUUGAAAUGGCGAACCAAAUUUUUGAUUUUAUUUAUUUUCGUACGAUGUGUUGCUUAUUUUUUAGACGAGGAGCGUUGCCAAAUUACGUUUAGAUCUUUAGAUUUCGGAUAACUUUGUGUUCUCUUUGAAAAUCCAAAUCCGUUGCAUUUCCUUUCGUUGGAUUCUCAAAACGACAACAUAUCCUAUUUGUUGGACAAAGCCAGCUUGUAGUACUUACAUAUAUCAGUUUCCAAUCUACCGAUAUCACACGAGAUAAAUUUAUAUAUAUAUAGCGUUAGGCCCUAGUAGUUAGACCUUAAUGCAAAUGUGCAUAGUGCCUUCUAUUUAUAACGGACGCAUUCUUACACAUAUGCUAUUGUAAUCGUUCAUCGAACUCUUGUAGAAUUAGGCUAGGUCACAAUCACAGCGACUGUGUAUAUACUAAACUAUACAAUUUCAUAUCGCAUCCUGCAGAAUGUGUACAUAACUAUGAUUAAAUACUGUUUUAUUCAAGACUAAAACGUACAUAUUAUAUCAAUACGAUAGCCAACAGUUGCGCAUUGUUUUUCAUUUGCUUUGUUUUAUUCCAGCCAGCGAGCUUCACUGUAGGCUGCAUUUACAUUUUACGUACGAAACCAAAAGCCAUAGGAAGUGGUCGAUAAUCUUUUUUAAACUAAACUUACAAUAGUUAACUAAGCGCGUAGUAAAUGUGUAGUAAAAACGCAAAUAUUGUGCAAGGAAUAAGAUACAGUUAUAAAUAAAAUAUGUGAAACCUAU